GGGACCCUCUGGGCGCUGCCCUGAGCUGCGCUCUCUGGUGGGGACAGUGAUGGAGAUGAGGAGGUAUUGCGGCCGCCCGGCGGGAGGCGUUCUCUGUCUGGACCCCGCGUCUCACAAACUUGGGCCGAACUUUGUGGCUUGAUCUAUUGUCCCGGCCGCCUCCCCGGUGGCACUGGGUCUCCUCCGUAUACCCCGCCUCCCUCACCUCUCUCCCCUCUUCCCUUCUUCCCCUCUUCAGACCCUAAUCCUUGUCUCCUCAUCCGAGGGCCUUUUUCCCCGCUUUGCUUUUCUUCGUGUCUCGCUGUUCUUUUUGGCAGGAAACUUUGAUGUCGUCCCUGAGCGAGAAACAAACUUAGAAUAAUCCUGGCUUCCCACCGGGGAUGAAACCGAACCAAGGGGCAUGCGACAGAGAAACACCUGAGGAGUCUUGGCGCUUCAGGGAAUGGGCUGUCCCCAGGGGAAGAGAGGCCCUUGAUGCCAACCCAUGGGUUUGGAACGCUGUUUGUCCAAACCCGCGUGGGUUUGAAGCCGAUUCUUCAGAGGCUGUCUCGGGUGACCCGUGAGGAUAGUUACUGGAUAGUUUCUGGAGCGGGAAGGAUGAGUUGUGGACCUGGAAGGUCCCUAGCUGUUGGUAGUAAGUCCGGUUAUAAAUUUUUCUCCCUUUCUUCUGUGGAUAAGCUGGAACAGAUCUAUGAAUGCACUGACACUGAAGAUGUGUGCAUCGUGGAAAGAUUGUUCUCAAGCAGCUUGGUGGCCAUCGUCAGCCUCAAAGCCCCUAGGAAGCUGAAAGUUUGCCACUUUAAGAAAGGAACUGAGAUCUGCAACUACAGCUACUCCAACACGAUCCUGGCUGUGAAGCUGAACAGGCAGCGGCUCAUAGUGUGCCUGGAAGAGUCUCUGUAUAUACACAACAUUCGGGACAUGAAGGUGCUGCACACGAUCAGGGAGACUCCCCCAAACCCAGCAGGCCUGUGUGCACUGUCCAUCAACAACGACAACUGCUACCUGGCGUACCCCGGCAGUGCCACCAUCGGGGAGGUGCAGGUCUUCGACACCGUGAACUUGAGAGCUGCGAACAUGAUCCCGGCUCACGACAGUCCUUUAGCAGCGCUGGCCUUCGACGCCAGCGGAACCAAGCUUGCCACUGCUUCCGAGAAGGGGACCGUGAUUAGGGUAUUUUCCAUUCCAGAAGGACAGAAACUCUUUGAGUUCCGGAGAGGAGUUAAGAGGUGUGUGAGCAUCUGUUCCCUGGCUUUCAGCAUGGACGGCAUGUUCCUCUCCGCCUCCAGCAACACUGAGACUGUGCACAUCUUCAAACUCGAGACCGUGAAAGAAAAACCUCAGGAGGAGCCCACCACCUGGACCGGCUACUUCGGGAAGGUUCUCAUGGCUUCCACCAGCUACUUGCCCUCCCAAGUGACAGAAAUGUUCAACCAGGGCAGAGCCUUUGCCACAGUCCGCCUGCCUUUCUGUGGCCACAAAAACAUCUGCUCUCUAGCCACAAUUCAGAAGAUUCCCCGGCUGCUGGUUGGGGCCUCUGAUGGCUACUUGUACAUGUACAACCUGGACCCCCAGGAAGGAGGCGAGUGCACCCUGAUGAAACAGCACAAGUUGGAUGGCAGUGUGGAGACGACCAAUGAAAUCUUAGACUCCGCCUCUCACGACUGCCCCUUAGUCACUCAGACCUACAGCACGGCUGUAGCCAAAGGUACUCACAUGCCUGCAUCUCCGACCAGACUUGGUAAGGGCUGUGACACAAACCUGGAAGCCUACACAGACGAGCUGGGUGCAGCGGGUGGCACUUGUCUGGAAGACGAAGCCAGCGCCCUGCGGCUGGGGGAGGACAGCGAGCAUCCUCCCAUGAUUCUUCGGACGGACUGAACUUGACCUGUGGACUCUGACCCCAGCGCGGAGAACACUGGCUUGACAGAGGACUUUGUGUUAUGCUGCUAUGAACUUUAACCAGUUCGGGGAGAGGAUGGCAGAGACCGAAAAAGAAAAAAAAAAAAAAGAUUGUAGCUGUAGUUUGUCUUCUACUGUUGAGGAGUACGUGGUUUUCACUUCAGUGGCUUUUAAUCCUGCUUAUGAAUUUUAGCUUUCUGUUUAUUUUCUCUUUUUGCCAAAAUUAACUAUUUGGUCAAGCCCUUGAAACCUCCUUGCUUUGCAUGCGUUAAUGUGCCAAGCCAGCGUAGGACAGCUAGCGGCCACUCGCUGCCCAGUCGUGGUCGUGUGGCUGGACAAGCUGUACGUACGAGAGCGCACGCCGUGCAGAGCGGGGCUGCUUGGGGGGCCGGUUCUGCUGGGGCAGGGCCAGGGACCCCAGGGCCGGGGUGGGCGGCGGCCACGGGGAGGGGUCCUCUCCCCCAGAGCCCCGCCUCGGCCAUGUUUUUCGCUUAAUUUUGUUAAUUAAAUUCUUUCCAAAUUGGACUAUUCUGGGCUUUCUUCCGUGGUGGACUUGUGUUUCUGAUCUUAAUUUCCAUGUGGGAUUGGAAGAGAGAGGUUCUUUCUGAUGCUAAAACUCUUUCCUUCUGACAGUGAGUGAACUUGAAAGAAUGCCUGGCAAUGCCGGAGCGAAGGAAGGUGGCCUCAUUGGUAUAAUUAAAUUUUCUGGUCUGUCUUUAAUCUUUUUUAUUUUUUUUUGCGGGGGGGGUGCAGUUUGUAGCUAUUUCUAUGCCCAUAUAGCACAGAGUUAAAACGUGAUGAGUCCUGAGUUGUCUUCUUCCCUCGAGGCCCCACUGCCUCUGCGGCUCUUCGUGCCUGUGUCGGGCGUGGUAGAGACGGGUGGAGACACGGGAGGGAAGUCGGCCGUGAACACCGCCUUCAAGGGUCGUCUGUGCCUUUUCUGUUUUAAUCUUGUGAAACUGUUCGGCAAAGUGCUGCGAGGCGGUGCCUGGCUUUCCUUUUCGUUUUUACAGAAUUUAAACCUCAGAUACCUCAAACUCUGCAUUCCAGACCAACACACACGCAGGUCACGUUUCGAGGGAACGUGAGCGUAGUUAGCGGCAUGAAGGACCGUUGUGGAUUUUUUGGACUGUGACGGUUAAGGGUAGAGGUGACAAGGCAGAGAUACUUCACUGGUCCGCCCUUUUUAGGGCUCUGGACAGCAGGUCAGAGGUAGGUGUCUGUCUCAGGUCACGUUCGUGUCUGGGUCGUAGCCGUUGAGGUGUCGUAAGAGGCAGAGGGGCUUGGUUGAGCUAACCCGACUUUGCAGUCCCCGGCUUCGGGGUCAGUGCGUGCACCUCAGGCUGCGUGUGCGGUGGUGGUUUUAGGGUGAAAGCCCAAGGCAGAGGCACCUCGCGUGAGCGCUGACCGCGGCAGGGGUCUGGACACGGGUCACGCAUGGCGGCAGCAUCGGUGCUGUGUCCAUCAGAGAUGAAGGUGGACACACUAAGCUUCCUUCUGAAACCUGCAGCAUGUCUGUCAGCGGAUCCCUGACGAAACGAGACCCACAGUGACAGAUCUGAUGAGGAUGGGCAUCUGCCGAGCACUGAGCACGGCGGCCCUUUGUCCAAGGAGCUGCGAGGGCCUGAGCAGGGCAGUCUACCUGUGUCAGACCUGGAGCACUCUCCACUGUGCCCCUAGAACCAGGCCUUGGACUCUGUUUGGUGGCACAUUGUCCAGAGCGAGUGCUUAUGGGAAUGUGUCAGAGGUGUCCAUGACGACACGAGGCCGAAGCUAAGGUUUCCUGGUGACCAAAGAGGACGGCCUUACCUGUGACGUGUUAGACUCCUGCCCUUGGUGCCUGCUCGCCGCCUUUCGCACGUGGGGCGAUGUGGGGAGUCGGCUCUCCGUUGCCCGGCUUCUCACGGUCCAGGGCACGUGGUUCCGUCCGUCUGGGCGCGAUGGUCCUGGAACGUGGGGGAAUCUCGCCCCUCUGUGAGCUCCUGUUUCCUCACCUUUGAGAUGGGCAGCGAGGAAAAGACAGGCCGCCCGCCCUCCGUGCCGGACCCUAGGCAGGGGGACCCGAGGGCUCACGGUCGAGAGGAACCGAAGGCGGUCUGUGUUUGCAGGCUGGUCACCGUGGAGGGGCACCCACCCUCCAUUUUUCCUUCGCCUGUUUCCUUUGUGCCCGAGGGUCACCGCAGGCCUGAGCUCGGAGGAGGAAAUGGGGGCCGAUGAGGUGGUCACAGGUGGGACACUUCCUGCUGUGCCAGGGACGCAGACGGGAAGGGGCUCCAGCCGGACCCUACAGAACACGUGUGCUGAACCCCACACUGUACACCAAUAUUUUUUUUUCAUUACGUCGUAUUUUUCCAAACUUCAAAAAAAAGAGUCUUCUAGAGGCGAGUAGGAGACCAAACCCGGAAAUGGACUUCAGGGACCCACGAGGACUGGGGCCGGCCGGCCGUGUUUUCUGGAGAAUGGAGCCCCGAUCUGGACUGAACCUGCAGUUAAAGACACCCAGAUUCAGGCCCCGAUUCUACCACCCGGCGGCCUCGGUCUCCCGGACUGGACAGUGGGCGCGAGCCUGGCCUCGCAGAGCCGCAGGGCGGCGAGCACGUGUGGACUGCGGGUGCCCAGCUCAGUGCCCGGCCUGCGGCGGGCGCCCCUUAAAUGUUGAAACAGAAACUGGUUUUGCGAAUUAGAUGGGUCGUUAUUACUCAGUACCGGUUGCUGAACACGAAGCUCGUGAGAACAGUGAACUAAUGACAAGUGCAGUUCCCGCUUGAGGUCACGGGCGGCCCCCUCGCGACCCUGCGUUCUAGGAACAGAAGCCGGCCUGGCCGUCCAGUUUGGGGUUGGGGGGACUUGCAGUAUGGCAGACUGAGCACUGUCUGCUGCGGCCAGCAGGCUGCGGCCACCAGACAUGGCACCUUGUCCCAGAGUGAGUCCCCUUCCGGCCGGGAUGGGACACUAGCUCACCCUGAGCAGCUGGCCCGGCCCUGCCAGGGGCCUCCGGAACUUCACAGCUGCAGCUCCCGGCGAGGAGCGAGUCUCGUGCUCUGUCUUCUCACAGGUCAUGUGGAGAGCAGAGAGGAGAAAGGAUUUCUUCGCCACGGCCAGCAGUGGGCACACACGGAGAAGACCAGCAGUGCGCGGUCACAGCAAGGAAAGCGGAGUCGGUGACCGGAAGCGUGUUCCUGGCUCAUUCCGCUGUCCGCCAUGGUUCUGUGAUGGUGUCGCUGGACGGGAGCCGUGUGUGUUUAUGCUCGCUGUUUGUCCCCUAUCCUAAACCUCUGUAGACCGUAUCUUGCAUGCGAGGGGUGACGGGAUCCCUUGUGUAAAAUGUGUAUGUGACACUAGUUAGCACAGCUGAAAAUCCAAAUACGUUCUUUUACAAGUGUACUUAAUUCUCAGACUCAAGAUGGGCAGGUGGGGAACUUUGGGUUCGGGUUCUGCAGUGUCACAUGUGAAAAGCAAGGGCACUCGAGCCGCUGGCGUGCGUGGGAGAGUCACAUGGAGUCCUCUCUGUGAGUAAGUUCUUGUGGACACUACAUAACGAUAGUUCAUUACCAAGUAGGUGGAUUUCACUGAUGUAUGUUUUAGUUCUUACCCGGAUCAUAACUCUUGGCCCAUGUUGUACCUUUUCAUUCUGUGGAUUUGUGAAGCACAAAAAGAAAAUGGACUUUGGGGCGUGGCCAGCCCUUCUUAUCUUCCCUGGUAUCUGACCAGGAAAGUCUUUUAUUUGGAAAUAUUAAAUCUUUUUGAAGCGCGAA